AGUUCAAAACGCCAAAGAAGACUUUACUAGUUGACAAAACAUCUCUGAUUGAAACCUUGAGCCUGUCGAAAGUUCAAGGGAAUUUCAUGGAGGCGCCUACACCGCCUUUGUCGAAGGUUUUCCCUGCUGGACAAGCCACCCAGGCCUCCCGUCCUAGCUUUGAGGAUGAGGAGCCAACAUACUUACCACCUUUGCGGGUGAAAGCUCCUCGACCUAGGCAAUUGGGUGGGACUGAGUUCUAUGGGGCAGUGCCCAAGCACAGUGCCACCUUUGCAUGGUCAGAGCUGUGUGCCACGCCUGAUCCAGAAGCAUCCUUGGCACCAGUGCCACAAGUGCCGAUGAAGUCCUGGUACAAUUCGUAUGUCUAUGUCCCCGAGCCGAGCAGCGAGGCUCGGCAAUAUACUCAGCGCUUCGCUAGAGGUCCAAAUGGUGAGUGGGUUGAUGUCGUGAAGGCGCGGCGCCUGCUAGAUGCGAUGGAUGCUGCACAGCAGAAACAGAUGCGAGAGGAGAUGGAGCGUGAGAUGGUCCUCGCGGGCAUGAGCCAUUUGGGAAGCGCAGUAGAAGCUGAUGGGCACAGCAUCAGUGGCAUCCACCGUACCCAUUACAUGGAUCCGUAUUCCGGUGAGAAACUGAUUGCCUGCAAGGGACAGCUUCAAACUAGGGAAGAGAUCCUCGACCAGUACCACAUUAGGGGUGCAGUGCUGCCACCAGAGGAGUGGUUCGACUUUGACAACCUGCGCUUUCCAUGGCCUUUUACAAAACACGACCGGAACAAGCCAGUCUCCCAGCACACGUAUGAUUGGUUCGACAGACGCAACGUGUACAUUCCAAAUGAUCGCAGUUGUGAGCUUGUGGAGAUGCCCAGCGUGUACUUGGAGCGCCACGAGCUGGAGAGGUGGUGGCGUGAAGAGCCGCAAGGAGCUGCACCAGCUCCGAUGCCACAGCCCCGCAGCAUGAGAUGGCAUGGAUGGCAUCUCAUAUAUGUGAGGCGUUCAGCAAGUGGUCCUCUAGGCGAUGGUCGGCCAAGCUGUCCAUCGCUUCUUCGUGAGAGAUGCGAGAGUAGCGGUCGCCUAAGUUGAAAGAACUUGACAGAACUCAGUGCGAAUCCAGAUCAAGCGUCAGUGUCACCGUGUGGAGUGUCCUUGGAGUGAAGUCCCACUUGUGUACCCUUCGUACUCUCACGUUCCAUUUAAAGCUACUGUAUUCGGAUGUAAUGUGGAAUGCAUGUCACUUCAUGCAGCCUUUGCAACCUUCUUGAAGAAAACAACUUUUAAGGCAUUCCUACAGGAUUUUAUUAUGGCCAUAAAUGGCAAACUGUAAAUAUCCAGUAGCGCAGCCACAUUGAAAACUCGCUUGAGCACAAGGAUGCAAGAAAAGACGCCUUCCAACAUGCUUUGCUGCUAGCAGAAAACAUGUCUCCAUUGCAGGUCAAGACUGUGAAGUGGUCACUCUUCCUGUGAAUGCUCAAGCAACAAACUUGAGUCGGCAUUCAAGCAACCGAACAUUUGACGUUC